CAUGACAUAAUCAAAGAUGGGCUGGCUGUUCAGUCUCGCUUUUGCUCCAAAGGAAUAAAAUCAUGAGGCGCUGCAGUCUUGGAGAAAGCUAGCUAGCUCAGUUACGAACUAGCCUACAUGUUCUAGCAAGAACUUGAUGCAGUCUAAAAAUCAAAAACAGUAAACUGUGCUAUAAUCUUUCGGCGGCCUUGAAAAGCUGAACUCGUUAAACAAUAGGCGUAUAUAGCUAGCUAACUAACUAACGUUAGCUAGCUAGUUAUAACCAGAAAGAGGGAGAGCUCAAAGCGGCAGCGUCUUUGAUCAUGCUAGGCAACGGCAAGAAACCGGUGAAGAAUGGAGCCGGGACGUCCGAAUCAAAGACUAUCGACCCUCUUAAACAUUUAGGUGUAGAGGAAGAUGAGGACGUGAAGGUGAUGCUGAAAGGCUCCAGCAUGGUGAAGGUACGCUCCCCACGCUGGCAGAGGAGACGUACGCUGAAGCUGCUGGACGAUGGAGUCACCGUGUGGUGCGAGUCCGACAAGUUCUCCAGCCGCUCCAAGGCCCAGCAGUCCUUCUCGGUCACGGACGUGGAGUGUGUACGCGAGGGCUUGCAGUCGGAGACCCUACGACAGCUGACUGGCUCAAUUCCCGAGAGCCAGUGUCUCACUGUGGUGUUCAAGGGGGCCAGGAAGAGUCUGGACCUGCGGUGCCACACUGACGAGGAGGCCCAGCGCUGGGCAAGGGGCAUCAGGACCCUCCAGGAGAGGGUGGAGAACAUGACCCAGAAGGAAAAACUGGACAACUGGAUCCGUGGCUAUCUGAAACGGGCCGACCUGAACCAUGACGAGAAGCUGAGCUACGAGGAGGUCCAGGGGCUGCUCACCAUGAUCAACAUCGACCUAAAUGAAGAGUAUGCGCGCAACCUCUUUAAGAAGUGUGACCGGUCGUGUGACGGUCGUCUGGACCACGGGGAAAUCGAGGUGUUCUGUAGGGAGCUGUUGCGGCGGCCAGACCUGGACGCCGUUUUUAGCCGCUACUCGGCGAACGGCUGUGUGCUCUCCACCGUGGACCUGAAGGACUUCCUGAAAGACCAGGGAGAGGACUCCUCGCUGAUCCACGCUCAGAGUCUGAUCCUCACCUACGAGCUCAAUGAGUGGGCCCAGAAGAAUGGGUACAUGACGCCCAAUGGUUUCACCAUGUACAUGCUGUCCAAGGAGAACAAUGUGUUUGACCCGGACCACGCCCGGGUGUACCAGGACAUGACCAGAUCUCUGGCCCACUACUUCAUCUCCUCCUCACACAACACCUACCUCACCAGUGACCAGGUUACUGGCUACAGCAGCACGGAGUCUUAUAUCAGGGCUCUGAACCAAGGCUGUCGCUGUGUGGAGUUAGACUGUUGGGAUGGGGACAAAGGGGAGCCGGUCAUCUACCACGGUCACACACUCACCUCCAAAGUGCCCUUCACAGAAGUCAUCGAGACCAUCGCCGAGUACGCCUUCAAAGCGUCUCCGUACCCUCUAAUCCUGUCCAUUGAGAACCACUGCAGUGUGGAGCAGCAGGCGGUCAUGGCCCGACACCUGCGCUCCAUCCUGGGGGACAAGCUGCUCACCAAGCCCCUCAAUGAACAGCAGCUCCAGUGCCUGCCCUCACCAGAGGCGCUGAAAGGGAAGAUCCUGGUGAAGGGGAAGAAGGAGAGAGUGGUGGAGCUGGAGAGCUCCUCCAGUUCUUCAGACCUCAGCUCCUCGGAGGAGUGUGAGUGUAGCCAUGCAGAGAGCAAAAGAAGGAGGAGAAGAAGGUAGGUGUGUCCGGGUGUCUCUAAGCUGAGUCCAGAGCUGUCAGACCUGGUGGUGUACACACGCAGUGUUCCCUUUAAAGGCUUUGACCAGGCAGCAAAGAAACCCCCUACAGAGAUGUCCUCCUUCUCCGAGAGCGAAGCCCUCAAACACGUCAAAGAAUCAGGGAAGCAUUUUGUCCGUCACAACAGCCAUCAGUUGAGCAGAAUAUAUCCCUCAGGACAACGCCUGCAGUCCUCCAACUACGACCCCCAGGAUAUGUGGAACGGCGGUUGCCAGAUUGUGGCGCUGAACUUCCAGACGGCAGGGGAAGAGAUGGACUUGAACCGGGGGCGCUUUUUACCCAACGGCCUUUGCGGAUACGUCCUCAAGCCCUCCUUUCUGACCCGCCCUGACUGCAACUUCAACCCCGAGAACACGGGGGGAGGACCCGGACACGACCCCACCCUCCUCACCAUACGGGUGAUUUCAGCCCAGCAGCUUCCCAAGCCAGAGUGGGAUAAACCCAGCUCCAUCGUGGACCCUCAGGUGUGGGUGGAGACCCAUGGCGUUCCCAUCGACAACAACAAGAAGAUGUCCCCCCGCGUUGACAACAAUGGGUUUAACCCUCGGUGGGACUGUACCUUCAACUUCACUCUGCAUGUCCCUGAGCUGGCUCUGGUGCGCUUCAUGGUGGAGGACCACGACUUCACCUCCAGAAACGACUUCCUGGGACAGUUCACUCUGCCCUUCACCAGCCUCCGCACAGGUUACCGUCAUGUCCACCUGCUGAAGGUCGAUGGUUCCAGCCUGUCACCCGCUUCUCUGUUCAUCCAUGUUAAGGUCACCCCCUGCCACAGUAGCCCCUCCAAGGCCUCAGCCAAAUCUCCGUCCUCAACCAAGAUCGUAGCCAAAUCGCCAGCCAUAUCUCCAACUACGUCCCAAGCCAAAUCGCCAGCCAUAUCUCCAACUACGUCCCAAGCCAAAUCGCCAGCCAUAUCUCCAACCACGUCCCAAGCCAAAUCGCCAGCCAAGAAGCAUUAAGUCUCUCCCCAGGCUCCACCAAGUAACCCAGGGUUAAGAUGAAACUCAUUCUGUCCUCUACUCUUUUUUUUAUGGUGUAGUAAACAUGUUUGUAGUCCAUUCCCAUUUAAAUUUUGUUAAUUCUGCCUCUGCUUCACUCACAGUAUUAUUUUUUAAAGAGAACAUGACAACUAACCACUGUUCUUGGUUCCUCCCAACUUGAGUGAUCUAAGUAGUGGGCCCAAGUGGAGACGGUCUAUAUCAUCAACAGUGUGGCUGUCAUACUGUAUACCAUUCAUUAUCUAACAGCAUAUCUAUAGUAAUGAAAGUAAUGAACUUCGAUCUCCAGUUAUUCUGUGAGACAACUGGACCAGGAUCUCUGGCCGGCUCUUUUGUGUGAUGAUUGGACCAAACACAAAAAGAGUUACCAACCAAUAGCCAGCCAGGGUAUUGGGUCGAUGGGACAUCCCUCGACAACCAUUGUUGAGCAGGCAAACCGUCCAAACAGAACUUUGCAUAUUUGAAGCAUAUUAAAAGGUUUUAAGAAAUGAUUAUUCACACCAGUAUUUUUAAAGAAUCACAUUCGUACAGGGUGUAACGUAUUUGGUCCUUACAGAGGUUUACUCUAUAGUAUAGAGUCUAUACCGUCCCUGGAUUCAAUUCUGCCCUGAUUUAUGGCUACUGUUCAUCAAAGGACUUAUCAGUUUUCCGAGCCGAGGCAUCUUUAGAGAUGUAACCAUAUAGAAGUUUGAUUUUAUAUUUAUCAUUUUCGCAUUAUACUUUAGUUAUCUAGUUGUUGUAGAUAGAUAUAGUUAUCGUAGCAAUACUAGAAUAUGCACUAUAGUAGGUCUUGUUGCCUUUUUGUAGCACGUUUUGAAGAUAUGAAAUAUAUUUACAAUAUGUUUGUAGCAUUUCAGAUGGGUCUAAGAACAAAAAAUGUAGAACAAGUAACCAGGUCCAUGAUGUUUUCAAGUCUUUGUUUUAUGAUCUCACUGUUCAAGCGAUGUUCAAGUUCUAUAGGCUGUGUCUCAAUAGUUGGAAGUAGUUUCUUAUCCUGUGUCCUUGUGUCCGUGAUGGCCGUUCAGGCUGGACAUGUCAAAUGAAGUGUACCUUUCCUGAAAGCCUUGUAGCUAAUGUGGAACUUUAGAAUUCUUCUGACGACUCAAGACCGUGGCACUUGAAGAACAGCAAAGUGCAUCGUUUGACAAAUCGAAUUUGUUGAAGCAGAGAAGAUUGUUUUUAGAAUUGUUCAUCUCUGGCGGCUGUGCGUCUGGGUUGUGGAGAGAAAUAGCAUUGCCUCGUUAGCUAAGGAAAGUCGGAAACUCACACGAGUGCCAUUGAUUUGAGUCCAUUCACCUAUCAGUGAUUAAGGAAAGGAGAUGAAGGAAAAGGUUAAAGGGAAAAAAAGUAAGUCAUUUUGGAGUAUUGAGACAGCCAGGUAUACUGUAAAAAGAUGUUAUUGAAACUAAAGAUGACAAUCUUCAACUUGGGACAAGAAGUGGGGUUAGUUUGAGACUCGAGCCUUUUUAAAUGUUUUAAAGUGAUUUCAAUUAUUUUAAAUACAUUAUCUAUUGUCCGUAAUGUAUAUCAUGUCAUCUUUGAAAGAAGGGUUUUAACAUCAAUAUUCUUGUUUAUUACCCAGAUUAGUUUUGUUGUAGAAUGAUUUGAUAGACAAUUUUUAUACAUAUUUGCUGUAAUGUAAACCAAUAACAUCCAUUUUAGAAUACUUUUUAAGGAAUAUGUUUUUGUAAUAGUUUACAUUGUGUCUCAGAGUAGGAAUGCUGAUCUAUGAUCAGUCUUGUCUUUUAGAUCCUAAUGAAUACGAUGUUAUGGACAGGGGGGACCUGGUCCUAGGAUCAGCACUCUGAGAUGCUUUAUACAUACAUACUGGUCUACUCCUCAAUGGUAUUGUAUGGAUUCAAAGAGAGAUGUGAUGUUUAUGUAAAAGACCGAAGUGAAGUUGUGAAAAUGUCCUUCUGUGGCAAAGAUAGGGAGAAAAAUGCAUAUUGUAAUUGUUGUGCAAAAUACAAUGUCACGCUAUUAUAUAUGGUAUUUAUUGCACGUAUUUUGGCUAUAGCUUAUUUAUUUUGUACAGUGAUUUUCCAGGGCAAUGAAAAGUAUUGUUUUAACUCAAGGACACUUUCAGGUUUCCAAUACCAGACAUAUUGUAUCAACAACAAGUGUUCAAACAAAAUGUGAUUUAAAAAAAAAUGUUACUGGAGGAGAUGGAGUAGAUAUUGGAUGAUGAUGAUAAUGAGGGGGAGGAGGAGGAGGGGGGUAACAGGAUUCAAUUCACAAAACUGACUGGGAAAUUACAGUACAAAUGUGUAACGUAUGUUGGGUUUAUCCUUUAGUUCUAUUGUAUUUUUUGCUCUAUUCAGUUCUAUUAUAUGACAGGUUGCUGUCCAAAGUACACUUCUAAAUGCCAUUUCUCUUUCAUUCUUCUGUAUUGUCUGGCAUAUCUUUUUUAAAAACUGUCAUCCAUCUUCCAUUAUCAGCGUUUCUGCAUGUAAUACAGGUCUGUUAUAUAGGAUUAUUAAAGGCCCAGUGCACGACUUUUGCCCCCCCAAAAUUCAGGGGGUUCUACAGCGCCCUCAGCACCCUCAGUACCUCUACUUCCUGCUGCAAUGUGUAUGUUUAUUGUAGGUUGUUCUUUUUAAUGACCUCUUUCAUAGUGUUUUUUUACUCUUGUACGUUUCAGAGCUUUCAUUUCUUAACUUUAACGCUUGCGGUUAUUGAAUUCUGCUUAUUCCUAUCAUAGAAGAUUUAUUUACGUCAUGUGACUCGACUGGUACACUGACCAGGAUGUUGGAUGGUGUAGUCCGGGUGACCCAGAUGCUCUUGUGUCAGUUUUGCAUUUCCCUCACUAAUGGUUAAGGUUAGGAUUGGGGGAGGGGAAGCAGAUCCGAGAUCUGUACCAAGGGAAAACUUCACCCCGGGGGCAUGUUGAAUUCACAACACUGUCAGAAUCUGGUACUAUGCAACAAUAUACUGAUAAAAAAAAGUUUGAGUUAAAAGAAUUUGCGUUAAUGCAAUGUUUACAGUAUUUAUAUCUGGCUGUAAUAACUGAAUCAAUUAAAAACAAAAAUAAAUAAACGAAAAGUGGUGUAAUGUAUCCUACAAAGUGUG